AUGAAGGAGGAUGUCAUCGCGGUGAGCGAAACUCAUGCGACAGAUAAAUCUCAGAAGACGUUGGAUGCUGGUUCUGAUCGUAAUGUGUUCUGGGGUGCGCCUGUUGAUGAGAAAUCCCGCUGCGGAGUUUCCCUUCUUGUUCGUAAGUCGUGUGCUUGGGAUGUGCGAACUUUGAGCUUCCAAGGGGCAUGCGAUAAGUAUUCCAAGCAAGGUCGUUUACAUGCCAAUCAACUCUUUCGGAAUGAUGGCAAGCGUUCUUUUCUUAUCUAUUGUCUUUAUGGGCAUGCUGGGGCUAGAUGGGAAGCGGACAAGCGUGUUCUUUUGCAUGAGAUGCUGGAUUCAGUUUUUCAAGAUGUUGCGAUGCGAGGUGGUAUACCGGCAAUCGUCGUUGGGGACUUUAACACUGAGGUUACGGAGAGUGCGGUGCUGGAGCAGAUGGUCACGUGUGAUUGGUUUGAUGCGGUAGGUUGGUCUACACAGGACACGGCAUCGAUGAAGACAUCGUUGAAAGGGGGUGGGUCGAGGAUUGACCUGUGCUUCAUGAACAAGGAGUCUGCUGGUCUGUGUCGUAGUUUUGAAACAUACGGAGCACCUGUCAAGACUGAUCACCGAGUUAUUUCAGCUCAGUUUGAUUGGCCUCUUGCCAAACAGGUACGCUAUAUGGUGAAGAAUGUUGGCGUGAAAUGCAAGUAUCAAGAUCCCCCUGCUGCCUUCGUUCCUGAUGUUGUUGAUUCUUUUGAUGUUCGUCAGGCGUUGACGCGGGGUGACAUCAACAAGGCCUUGGAUGUUUGGUGCCGGAAAGCUGAUGCAUUGUUGGCGCGCAUUCUUCUUUCUGGCGUGAGUGCUGAUGCCCGGGAUGUCGGUAAUGGUCGUGGGAAGGAGUUGCUGUGCAUGCAGGCGUAUGGGUACCGGGCGGAUAUCACAUGGAGGAACAUUGCCCACGUUCGGAAGUAUCUGGAGGGUGAUGCUUUGUCUUGUUUCGAUGAGCUUUAUCGUGGUGGUCUGACGCGAACCAAUGCUGGUGAUAUGCAUCGUUUCUUGAAUGAGCACUGUCAAAGAGCGCAGACCAGAUGCAGAAAUGCCAGGUUGAAAGCGUGGAAAUCUAGGGUUCGUGAGUCGGAAAAGGACGCUUAUCGUUGGUUGAAACCUUUAAACUCCAAUGCUGGUAAAGUUAUGAAGCUUCCAGAUGGUUCUUUUACGGCGACUGAGGAGACUCAACUACGUGCCAUUCUUGAUGCGCGGCAGCCAAUUUUUCAGAAGUUUGGGGAGCGUGAACCUAGAGUUGAGCAGUUCUUCGAGUUCUUCGGUCAGACUAUGCGGAGUUCGGAGAUGCAUUUGCAGGAUAUCACUGGUGCUGAUUCAGUUGCUGCGGCUUUGGAUACGGCUCCCAGCUCGCCGGGUUUGGACCAUUUUCGUCCUGAGAGUUUGACGGCUCUUGCAAAGUGGUACCCUCAGCUCUUUGAUUCCCGUGCAUUGUUGUUCAAUUGGAUUGAGCUUCAUUCUAUCUGGACAGAUGAGAUGAUCUACGCUUACACUGCACUUGUUCCGAAAAGCAGCAUGUCUUCUGAGGCGUCUCCCGGAGAAUACCGUCCGAUCAGUGUACUUAGUAUGGUUUGUGGAGUAAACACGGGUUUGGUUGUUGUUACAGUGGCAAGAGGAGUGGAUUGA